CCCCCUUCAGCAUCUUCAGCAGGACAGUGAAGAAAGCUGGAGCGGGACAGCAGAUGCCAGACGAAAGAACUCUUUACCGAAGAUGGCCUCGCCGAGAACAGUAACCAUUGUCGCCCUAUCCUUCGCACUGGGCCUGUUUUUCGUGUUCAUGGGCACAAUUAAACUCACGCCGAGAUUAAGCAAAGAUGCAUACAGUGAGAUGAAAAGAGCAUACAAGAGUUAUGCCAAGGCCCUUCCAGCAUUGAAAAAGAUGGGUGUUUCUUCUGUACUUCUACGCAAGAUUAUUGGUACACUUGAGGUGGGAUGUGGAGUGGUUCUGACACUUGUGCCAGGGAGACCAAAAGACGUAGCCAACUUUAUUCUGCUACUGGUCAUGCUAGCAGUGCUUUUCUUCCACCAGCUGGUUGGAGAUCCUCUAAAACGCUACGCUCAUGCCCUGGUGUUUGGUAUUUUGCUGACUUGUCGGCUACUCAUUGCUCGCCAGGGUGAGGACCGGCCUGAGAGGGAGGAAAGAAGAGAGGAGCAGAUCAAUGCCCAGGAAAAGAACAAAGUCAAAAUUUCUUAGCUCAACAAUUUUCACACUGAGAGCCAUGUUUCUGUGGAUAGUAGAGAUUGUGCUGGGAUAAAAGCUCCAAAAUAUGAUUUCUGUCCCUCACUUACAUAUCAGCAGUCCAAAAAUCAGUUCUUAGUUUACCUUACCUCAUGUCUUCUGACCUGUAAAACCUCUUAUUUAAAUACAAAUCUUCACCUUGGACAAUCACCAUUGUGGCAACUGUUUUGGCUGUGGUUCUUAAGCAAAGAUUAAACUAGGGUUAUUCCAAGCUGUAAUUUUUAUGUCCCGAAUUGAACAAUAUUGUAUGAAUUGCCACUUUUAAUAUCAUACUGUGAUACAGUUAAGCUUCAGGUGCGAACAUUACUUAUUAUUUCCUUUUUGAACUACUGUAGAUUGAAACCGGUUACACAAAAUAAGUUAUGUUUACUUUGAGGAUUUUUGUUUAAACGUUAGUAUAUAAAAUCCCACCAAUAAUUUAACAUAAUUUAAUGAUAAUUUAAAGGUCAUACAUGAACAGUGGAUGGAUAUUAAUAUUCAGUUUUCUGUAUAUCCUCAAACUUUGCCAUAAUCGUCAAAAAUGAAAAUAUAGAAACCGUUUGUUCAGCAACAAGUUCUGCAUAUUAUUUAUUGUAAUGCAUCUGUUUUUUACUUACACAAAGAAAUGUAAGAAGUUUCGUCUCUUUGUUUCUUUUACAAAAAUGUAUUUUCUUGCUGACUCUUGAAAUUGUCCAAUAAAAAUCUUAUCCAUGGAAUCUAAUGGGUUCUUGCUCCUUUUAAAACCUAGAAAUACAAUAUUGUGUUUUCUCUUUAGAUUGAUACAUUAUGUGUCAUUAUGAAAACUUAAGGUAAUUUGACUUUUACUAUUGUAUUUUCUUUAGAAUGAUCAUUUGCUGUUUGUAUUGAGUGUAAAUACUUAUACUUAACAGAGAACAUGGAUUUGAUUUGGAUGCAACAACCUGGUCCGCAAACUUAAUUGGGCAUUUUACUUCACAAAGUAUAGGUCAUGUUGCACUUUUAACAGUGAGAAAAUACCCUGAUAUGUUUGUGCAUGCAGAU